UUCUACCCCCCACUUUCCGAUCUCCAACAUGCAAACCUCACCUCUUGAUAUUCCGCAUAUUCGGGAUUGUAUUUCGCAAUACCUGCCUCGGCGUGAUCUUGCACGAUGUGUACGAGUUUCCAAGGACUGGUCUCUGUACUUUACACCCCCCCUAUGGUCUAGUCCCAAUAUAACUAACUACCGAUUCGAUGCUAAGACUCUUGAGGCGCAGGCUAAAAGCCUUUUGCGCUAUCGACAGCACGUCAAGUUCCUUAACCUCAACAACUUUGAUGCCAGUGGGCUGGUUUCCACCUCUGCUUCUGAUCGACAUGAAUUUCCUAAUCUUCGGAGGAUGUACUACCGUAAUGUUUUCAACGCAGGGCUGGAUCCAGCAGAGAGUUUAGCGUUCAUAGGGACAUUAAGGUCUAUCGACACAUUAUGGCUAGAGUAUCUGGAUGGAGAUGAUGACAAGGCACAGGAUCUUUUGGCAAGCAUUCUCAGUAACCCAUCUUCAUUACCCAACCUUCGAGACUUUAUGUUGCAUGGGCGAGCUUACUCUGUGCAGAGAGUCCAGCAGCUUUUCAUCAUAGUUUGCUCUCGAUGCCAGAUCGUUGAUUUCAGGCUGGUACUAAAUCGACCACAGGCUAGGAAUAUCCCAGCCCUCGAUGCACUCGAGAUCACUAUCCAGGAACAGAUGCCCAUCACCAAGAUCCGGUCAUUGAAGAUUGAUUUUCUAGAGUAUUCAGCUCAAGCAUAUUUGACCUCACUGUUAGGGAAAUGUCCUGAUUUAGAGGAGUUGCAUUUAGAGAGUUUUACAGCGAGUGAUGAAAAGUGUCAGAGACUUGUUCAGCUUAUGAAGUCAAAUUAUUAUCCACGACUAUGCCGCCUGUAUGUAGAAUUCUGUUCCGAGUCAGGGAUUACUGAAACCGAAAGAAUGCUGCUUGAGCUGCUCCAGAUCGCAGGCGCAGGGAAAAUAGAAUAUCACAGUAAGAUUGAGCACUAUAUUGACAAGCACCCAAACAACGACACCAGUAGUGGCAGAGGACAUCUUCACAGUAGUGGGAAUGGAAAUGGAAGUGGAGGCCUUGAAACACUUGUGACUGAAGCGGCCUCACCAUUUUCACCUCUGUUAGCAGCCACGUUGUUGCAGCAUCACUCACAAACGCUCACUAGAUUCGCACAUAAAGGCCUGUUAUCGAUGAGUGUAUUCUCAAUGCUCGUGUGUGGACUUUUAAAGCUCCACAUUCUCGACGUCAAGCUCGACAUUAAUGUGUAUCUUCAUAAAAAUAUGGAUGACAACAUUGACAAUGACAAAGAUUGCACCAACAAGCAUGAAGAUGGAUCCACUUUAUCCAUUCCAGGUCAAACGUCUUUCCCAUCCUUGGAUUUCAGGCCGUGGGCAUGUUUAGACUUAUGUAAGCUGGAGCUGACCAUUUGUGCUCAAGAGUACGAAUGUGAAGACUACGAAUCCAGCUCAUGGAUGACACCACAAGCAGAAAGAAGUCUUGAUUAUUUAUUCUCAGAGAUUGGCAAACUCCAGUUGAUGAAAGUGUUGAACAUUAGGACUUCUGGUACAAACCUAAGAGAUAUUUUUUCAGUAGCAGCAAAUGGCGGUUAUUUGGAUCGUUUGCAUAGACUGAAGCAACUCAGAGAAGUUGAAUACAUUCCUGAGCCUUUUACCUGCAAGUGGGAUGCGAAGGAGGCCGCCUGGAUAGAGGAAAACUGGCCUAGACUGGUCGAGAUCGAAGUGGCCGGUGAUAAUAUGGAUGAAUUUGAGCGAGAGAUGUCUCAUCGGAGACCAUGGGUGGUGUUCAGAAAAUAA